AUGAGGAUGGUGGCUGACACAGCAGACGCCCCCAGCAAAGACCACAAGAGACCCAAGGGAAUGGAGAAGGCCAAAGCAAAGCAGGAGCUCUCCAGCACACAGCCCACCCCAAGAAACAAGCCCUCUGAGGAACCCCAGCACAAGGAGCAGCCUUUGGCCGAUCGCUUCGUUCCCGUCGUUGUCCACACCGGGGGACGCCCCCUCAGCUCCUUCAACUUUGUCUUCUACCGACGAACUUGCUCCAACUCCUACUGCCCCUUCUACACCGUGCAGAGGCCCUACUGUGGGUACCAGUUCCGAGAGGACACGAGCCACGGCAGGAUAAAAACCGACCUGGAAAACGCCGACGUUUUCAAAUGGAGACCCUUCCGCAGCAAAAAGCCCUAG